GAAAGAAUUAAAUUAAUCUAGUCCUUUAUUUUUAUUUUCACUUUCCACCUCCCAAAAAGGAAAAUCCGCUCUCAUAACGCUAUCCAAGUUUAUAUAGCCCCACCAAGCUUUUAAUUUUCAUCGCCUACCUCUUUCAGAUCUUACUUCUUUCUCACUCUCCUUCUCUCUCCACCAUGGUUCUUUCCAAGACAGCCUCGGAUUCCGACGUCUCCUUCCAUUCCACCUUCGCUUCCCGCUAUGUCCGAGCUCCACUUCCUCGGUUCAAGAUGCCAGAGAUCUCGAUCCCCAAGGAAGCGGCUUAUCAGAUCAUCAACGAUGAGCUGAUGCUGGAUGGGAACCCUAGACUUAACCUCGCAUCGUUCGUGACCACAUGGAUGGAACCUGAGUGCGAUAAGCUCAUCAUGGCCGCCGUCAACAAGAACUACGUUGACAUGGAUGAGUACCCUGUCACCACUGAGUUGCAGAACCGAUGUGUUAACAUCAUUGCUCAUCUAUUCAACGCACCACUCGGAGAUUCAGAGACUGCAAUUGGAGUAGGAACCGUAGGUUCUUCAGAGGCAAUAAUGUUGGCUGGAUUAGCAUUCAAGAGGAAGUGGCAAAACAAGAGAAAAGCCGAGGGAAAGCCCUAUGAUAAGCCAAACAUUGUCACUGGAGCCAAUGUUCAGGUUUGUUGGGAGAAAUUUGCUAGGUAUUUUGAAGUGGAGUUGAAGGAAGUGAAGCUUAGAGAUGGGUAUUAUGUGAUGGAUCCAGCGAAAGCAGUGGAGAUGGUUGAUGAGAACACAAUUUGUGUUGCUGCUAUUCUUGGCUCCACUCUUAAUGGAGAGUUUGAAGAUGUAAAGCUUUUGAAUGACCUCUUGAUAGAGAAAAACAAGAAAACUGGAUGGGAUACUCCUAUCCAUGUUGAUGCAGCAAGUGGUGGGUUUAUUGCCCCUUUUAUUUACCCAGAACUCGAGUGGGAUUUCCGAUUGCCAUUGGUGAAGAGUAUCAAUGUUAGCGGGCACAAAUAUGGAUUGGUCUAUGCUGGAAUUGGCUGGGUCAUUUGGAGGAGCAAAGAGGAUUUGCCUGAAGAACUCAUCUUCCAUAUCAACUACCUUGGAGCUGAUCAACCUACAUUCACCCUCAAUUUCUCCAAAGGUUCUAGUCAAGUUAUUGCUCAAUACUACCAACUCAUUCGAUUGGGUUAUGAGGGGUACAGAAACAUCAUGGAAAAUUGCAGAGACAACAUGCUGGUUCUGAAGCAAGGACUUGAGAAGACAGGGCGUUUCAAUAUUGUUUCGAAGGACAAUGGAGUGCCACUGGUAGCCUUUUCCUUGAAAGAUAACAGCUGCCACAAUGAGUUUGAAAUAUCUGAAAUGCUAAGGAGAUUUGGUUGGAUUGUGCCUGCAUACACAAUGCCACCGGAUGCAGAACAUGUGACUGUGCUUCGAGUUGUCAUCAGAGAGGACUUCUCUCGCACACUCGCAGAACGCCUUGUUCUUGACAUAGAAAAAGUUCUGCACGAGCUUGAUACCUUGCCAUCCAAGGUUAGUGCUAAGAUUUCAGUAGUUGAAGAGAAAGAAAAGAAUGGAACCACUUUAGUCACGAAGAAGAGUGCUUUGGAGACACAGAGGGAGAUUACUACAGUUUGGAGGAAGUUUGUCUUGGAACGGAAGAAGAUGAACGGUGUUUGUUAGAGGGGAAUAGCAAAACGUCCGGUCGUUUAAUAUAUUAUUAUUUAUUAUAAGAGUGUUUUGGUAAAAUUUGGUCAUGAAUGAUUUAUGGGGUACGGCUACCUACCUUAAACUUUUAUUGUUCUUAUUUUCUAAUAUACGAAGGAAAAAGUUAUAUUAUAAAGCAAUAUUUCUAGUCUUCUAUAUAUUAUCAUUUAUUAUAAUAGUGUUUUGGUA